CCUGAGCCGUCGCACUCCCCUCUCUCUGUCAGUUUGUCUCUCUACCCCUUUCUUCCCGUUGAGCAACGCUCCGCCGCCGCGCUGGCGAAACCCUAGCUGUUGAAGCGGUCGGAACCAGCAGCGGCGGAAGCCAUGGCGGACGAUGAUUACAACGACGUGGACAUGGGGUACGAGGAUGAGCCCCCGGAACCGGAGAUUGAGGAAGGGGCUGAAGAGGAACUUGAGAACAACAACGAGGAUGCUCCUGAUGAUGUUUUAGGGGCAGAGGCUGAAGAUAAGGAACAAGAUAAGACUCAGCGCCCACGUAAAACAUCAAAGUAUAUGACAAAGUAUGAGCGUGCACGUAUACUGGGUACACGUGCAUUACAGAUAAGCAUGAAUGCUCCAGUUAUGGUUGAGCUUGAGGGAGAAACUGAUCCUCUAGAGAUUGCCAUGAAAGAGUUGAGAGCACGCAAGAUCCCAUUCACAAUCAGGCGGUACUUACCUGAUGGAAGCUACGAGGACUGGGGAGUCAACGAGCUUAUUGUGGAGGACUCCUGGAAACGCCAGGUUGGAGGCGGUUAAGCUGUGAGGCUACUCAAAAUGAACCGCUUUGAGCAGCAACUUGCCUUUGCCCUUGUAGUAAGAUGGUAUGCACAACUCCAUUAGGAGUGGAUGCUGUAUGAACUGGCAUGAUGAUGGCAUGUCAUGUUACCUUGACAUGUAUGCGCAACUCCAUUAGGAGUGGUUGCAUCAGUUUGUUUGGACCAUUUGCAGAUUUUCCGUGGAUUUUCAUGGUUUUAUGCUUGGCUUCCCCUGGCCUAAUUUGGUGGCAGCCUUUAAUAGACAUGAACGACAUUUUUCCAGUACGUAGACAACAGAAUCGCUUCAAACGGGCGGAAUGCAUGGAAAUACUGGAAUUGUUCCGGCUGGCAGUACUUAAUUUCGGUGAUUCGUGUGUAUACUUCCAGUAUGAAGUAACACAGUAUUU